CCUAGGUUCGAUUCCCAGCCAGAGCCUAAACUCCCCAGCCACUGGUCGUAGUGCUCCCCUUGCCGGGAGCAAAGACCAACAACAACAACAACAACAACAACAACUGUAUUCAAACUGUAGGUGACUGACUGCUGAUGGACCUGGCAACCCAGAUUCUCCGCCACGGACUCAGAUCGGGGAAUCACCGAAUCCAACGCGCCUUGGCAGGGUCCAAGCCGUUGGAAUGGUGUGGAGGACUAAGCUCAACAAAGUGUGAAAAACAGGAAUGACAACAUGCCUGGAACAGCACAAAUAUGCCGCCCUACAGCCAUCAGGAGCGAUCAAUUAAUGUUAUUCACAUUACUGAGGGAUGACACCGGCAUCAGAUCGCCCACUUUUUCUCCAGAGGAAUUUUCCUCACCAGCUCCAUCAGACCACUUUGUGAGAAGCAGAUGGACAGAGGAUGGGCUUAUUACACAGUCUCGAACACCAAGUUUCACAAGAUCAGAUAUGCAAUCUCCGUGUACGUCUCUGGAUAGUGACUGGUCAGUGCGCAGAACAUUCAGAAAGAGGAUUUUAUCAGAUCAUAAUGUCUAUCGAGCUCCAUCACUCACAUCUCUAACAUCUGACCAGACAGAGGAUCAAGACUUCUCGUUAAUGAGCAGCAAAAAGAGAUAUAGGACAUCAUCUCCUUGGACAUCAUGGGACAGGUGUCAGUUAAUGGACAGCUCGUUCAGGACAAAGUUAGAAACACCCUCUCCAGCUCCCUCAUGUUGUUCUUCCACAUCUGAACUGUUACUGGAAAACAUCUCCAGGACGAGACCGGGACACAUACCAUCCCCCUGCCUAUCUUUUAGAAGUGAUCAGUCUAUGGGUGCACCCCUCAGAUUCAGGGAAACAGUCUUCUCUUCAUUUAAAAGAUGUUCAUUAUGUGAAGAUGUCCUGAAGGAUCCUGUGUCUCUCCCAUGUGGAGACACUUUCUGCAAAACCUGCAUCCAGUCCUGCUGGACCAACCCACCCCAUGCAGGAAUCUACUUCUGUCCUCAGUGUACAAAAAGGUUUAAAACCUGUCCGGCCCUGAAAGUGAACAUGAACCUGGCCCGCAAUCAAAUGUUGAAGCAGACCACUGGACCUGAAGACGUGGCCUGUGAUAUCUGCGCUGGUAGUAAGAUCAGAGCGGUAAAGUGGUGUCAGACCUGCAGCGUGGCUUACUGUGAGACCCACGUGAGGCAGCACUACACCGUACGAGCACUGCAGAGACACACGCUCAAAGACAUGACGGGCGAGCCGGGGACGAAAAGCUGCCAGCUGCACCACAGGGCCCUGGAGGUCUUCUGCAGAACUGAUCAGGUCUUCAUCUGUCUUGUGUGUGUGAUGGAGGAACAUAAAGAUCACGACACAGUCCUGGUCGAAGGUGGAAGUAACGAUGUUAAGCCAAAUUUAUUUAAACUGAACCAAUUCAUGGACUGCUUACGAGAGAGCAGCAAUGAGAUAAGAUUUCUCCAGAAACACAAUAAAGAGUUGACAGCACGGGUUAUGAACCUCGAGCGAGCCGAGACAGAGUUGUCCCACCUGUCAAAGCAUUUCUGCAGAGGACUUCAGGACGCCACAGAUUUCACCUCUGAGUUUGUUGAAGUCGCUGCGCUGGGUCGCCAGCUGGCUCUUGGGAUGCUGUACGACUGCCGCAGCGACACCCUCAGCUCGGAUACCAUUUUGUGGGAAAAUAAACUAAUAUCCUCCUUGAAGCUCUCGAUUACUCGACCCGAGACUGAUGUAAAAGUUUUAAACGGAGACUCCUUACACGACAGACUUACAUCCCUGGAUCUUACACCACCUCUAAGAGCGAGUGUUGUAUCAGGGCUGGUUGAGAUGGCUGGAGCGUCUGAAUUUAUUAAUCAUCAGUCCCAGUUGCAGGACAGAGUCACUCUGCAUUACAGAACCUCCACCAGACUGGACAUGCUCAGUCACGAGUUUCUACAUAGCGGAUUUCCCUUUUCAGUGACCGGCUCGACCUCGGCGACGCACGUGGUUGUAGCUGUGCUUUACGGAUCUCAGGCGUUUUUCGUCUUUGAUAGCAAUAAAGAAAGCGCUGAUCUCAAAGACUUAGUGGGUAAGAUGAUCGACCCCUCCAGUCAGUCAGAUCUACUUUCCAGGCUCAGUGAACGAGAUAAAUCUGCGUUAUAUAACUGUACCACUUUUAUUGAUGGAACUGUUCUGAAAAACCCAGCAGAUGGCACAGCAGAAAAAGUGGUUCCUCUUAAAGUCUGGCUGUACCCUUUGAAGAAUCUGGACCAAACAUCAGUUUGCCUUGCUAAACACAUUAGCGAAGACCAGUUAUCUAAAGCAGAAAACAUUGUAGAAAAACUACAGCAAGACAUCAGCUCUUGUCAUCGUCUUAUGUCCAGUGAUGGGGCAGAUGAUGUGUUUUUGCAGGUUCCAGCUUUAAAGAACAGUCUGUCUGAGUUUUCAUCACUUCUCCAGCAGCACCAAGACAAUUUUAAGAAAAGGCUUGCAUCCUGUAUUAAGACCUUACGAGAAACAGGAGCAGAAGAAGAAGAGAAGAAAUUACAAGAUAUUCUGGACAGAGCAACCCGAUCACCGUUCAAUUCACACAUCACGCAGCAGUGGCUUCAAACCAAAAGUGCAGAAAUGAGCGCGAUGCUCCAGUGCAGAUCUGCUGACAUCAGAAUCCUGAAUGACCUCCAGAAUUUUGUACAGGACUGUCACGGGGACAGAGUGCUCUGCUUCAUUUUGACGUCUCCAGACAACAGAGAAGAUCCGCUUCUUUUAGCUCUGAGGGAAAACGGCGGACCAACGAACAAGCAAGAGCUCGGGAUCUUGGAUACGAGUCAAAAAAUAUUCUCUGACCUUCAGUCGUUUCUUUUAAAUAAAGAGAGUAAUAAGAACACACAGGAAACCGUGUUCGUUGCUGCAUCUGUACCUGAUCCAUAUUCUCCUGGCUCUGCCGUGCGUCUUUACCAGUCUGGAAGUUUGUUAAGCCUGAAUGUGAUGCUCGAUGUGAAACCCAACCCCGCAGAAGUAAUUACGGCGCGACCGACACGUGUGAUGAUGAAGCUGCAAAGUGUUGAAGGUUACAGAGUGGAGUACAGAGCAGUGAAGGGGGAUGGGAAAUGGAGAGAUAUCCCUUGUACUGGAGAGAGCUGUGUGGUUUCAGGGCUCACACCAGGGACACACUAUGAACUCAGAUAUGCUCUAAUGAACAGUAAAGGCAUAAGUGAUUACAGCGGAAUUACAGAGUUCCAGACAGUCUCCAGAGUCAGACCUGGAGCACCUACAGUGCUAAAACUGAACAAGGAAGAGAUCUAUAUUGCCUGGCAGAAAGCUGAGGAGGAGGAGGAUGAUGAAGACUCACUUGUGCACUACUACAGAGUGGAGUAUUUGGAGGCUGGUCUGGAGGGUUGGCAAUCCAUUCAAACCAAUGGACCUGUCUGUGAAUGCACCAUAACUCUCCCAGACAGCACCUGUUACAGAGCCAGAGUGUGUGCCGUCUACGCCAACGGAGACACCAGCGCUCCAAGUGAGGAGACGAAGGUUCCUGUUCGUGUUUGGUCUAUAGAUCUCUCAAAGAGAAAGGCCUCCGUCUUCCUGGAAGUCCUGCGACUCCAAACCACAAAGAAAGCCGUAAAGCUCAGAGACUGUCCGGAUGAAGAGAGCGAAGUGCGGAGCUUCCUUCAGUGUCUCUCUUAUAUAUCUCAGCUGAGCGUCGAUCCACCUCAGACCCCACGAGAAUCGCUUCAGGAAUGGAGAAAUAAAAUUAUGUCAUUCCUGAUGGAUCUGUGCCUGCAAGCCGCAGUUCAUGAAGAAGAGAGCGUUCAGAAAAUUCUACAGAAAUUACCUUCCUGUUUUUUGAAGACGUACCGAGAACAGUCUGCAUUCUCCCUCGACCUGUACGCACGUGUGAAAUCCUACGAGGUUCGGACGGGCUCAGACGUCAGGCCGGCGUUACAGGCUGUUUCCCAGACACUUCCUGAAGUCUUGUCCGUAAACUUGUCCAAAAGGAAGGCUUCGGAUUUACUGGAAGUGCUGGAACUGCAGAGGACGAAGAAAGCGGUAGAGGUAACAGGCUGGACAGAGGAAGAGAGCGAAAUGAGGAGCCUUCUUCAGUGUCUGCCUUUCAUCUCAGAGCUCAGUUUUAUUCCACUCCAGCCUCAAAGAGAACGCAGUCGAGACCGCAGGACGAGAGUGAGAAGAUUCAUAUUGGACCUGUGUCUCCAAGCGGCUCUCCUUCAAAAAGAUGAGAUCCACACAAUCGUAGAGAAAUGUUUCAAGACUGACAAAGAAGCGUCUGUUUUUCUGCUUCUCCUUCACUCGCACUUCAAACACUAUGACACUCUGACGGGCAGAAACGUUGUUUCGGCGUUACAACCCGUUUACCAGACGCUUCCUAAAAUCUGGUCUAUUAACCUGUCAGAUAAAAACUCUUCGCUCUUUUUGGAAGUGCUGAAACUGCAGGGAGUGAAGAAAGCGGUAGAACUGAGAGGAUGGUCGGAGGACGAGAGUGAAAUGAGGAACCUUAUCCAGUGCCUGCCUUUCAUCUCACAGCUCAGAUUCGGUUUCGUCGUGAACGGGAAAAGAAGGAAGAUAACGACCUUGCACUUUCUGGUGAAGCUCAUGGCCGGGGUGGCAGAGCGGAGCGCAGAAACCGCAGAGAGCUUCAACGAGCAGUUGGCGUCUCUGUGCAGCUUCAGGACCUUCUCUGGUUCUGGAGACGAUCAGGAACUUGAGUGUAACAUGCUGCUUGAGCUUUACUCGUACGCCAAGGACUACGAGUCUGAAACGGGCAGGAGCGUCCUUCCGGUGUUACAGUCUGUUUACCAGACACUUCCUGAAGUCUGGACCAUGAACCUGUCAGAUAAAAACGCUUCGCUGUUCCUGGAAGUGCUGGAAUUACAGACGGUGAAGAAAGCAGUAGAGCUGACGGGCUGGUCCAGCGAGAAGAUUAAAGUGAGGCGCCUCUUCCAGUCUUUAAGUCACGUCUCCCAGCUCAGGUUGUGUAGUGACGUCCUGGUGAGGAUGGCACAAGCGAAAUCGCUGAGGUCUCGUCCUUCUGUCUCCCUCGACGAGCUGCUCCUCACCGACAGCGGCACUCAGCAACCAGACCGAACGCCUGCUAAGAUCCUGAGCAGCUUCAAUUUCCUUCUCAGACGCUGGAACAUACAGUGCUUGAACCUGACAGAGUCCAAGAUGGCGGCCCGGUCACUGGUAGACCUUCUACACCAUCAGGGAUCCCUAACUAUCAGAUUUUCUCAAGAGACUCUCCAGGAACUGGUCUCAGUUGUUUAUGAAGCUCAGGAUGAAGAUCUUACUCUGCGUUUCCUGAGGAACGUGGGCGGAGACCUGACUUCCUGUGUUCUGAGCUGGGAUGUGAUUCGCUCCUUCCUGCAGUGUCACCCUCUCACUGUGGAUGUUAGAAGAAGCACAAUCAGAGAGGAGAACAUCCAAGAGCUUCUGCCGGUGCUGGAUAAAGUUCAGCUUAGAGGGCUGAAGUCCAGCUUUGUGCUGUCCGUCCUGAGAAAGCUUUACGAGACGUCUUCUGCGAACUCUGUGUCCAGCCUGUUGAGUUCAACAGCGAACUGCAUCACCCUGGAGAACAGGAAGCUGAGCUCCGCCGACUGUGCCGCGCUGCGCUUUACCCUGGAGCACUGCACAGGCGUCUCUCUGAACCUCCUGUGGACCUCCAUACCAGAGGGGGAGCUAGAGAGCAUCAUCCCUCUACUUAGCCAUGUCUCUCAUCUCAGGGUUGACAGGAAGUUCUUGUUGAGGCUGCUCCACUGCUGCGAUGUUCCUGAGCUCCACCAGGAGGCAGCAGUUCUGCUCUCUGCUCUACACCACAAGCUGGACUUCUCCAGCUACGAUGCUCUGGACCUCACGGCAGACACGAGUCUGUAUCUGAGCAGAGAGGACUGUAGAGUCGUCUCCACAGCUAUCCAGAGAGCUCACACACACGUCCAGGUCACUCUCCAGGACUCUGAAAUCGAGGACGCCGGAGUGGAGCUGCUCUUCCCUGUUCUACACACAGUCUCGCUACAGUGCAGUAAAGCUCUGCUGCUCCACCUCCUGGACCUCGUGGACGUGGGAGCAGAGACGGAGCGAGUCAGGAGCGCAGCGGCUCUGUCCCGGGCUUUGAGGGGUGAAGUGGACCUGAGUGAGACCCGGCUGAACCUGCAGAACUGCAAAUCACUGGCGCUGGUUCUGGAAUAUUCUGAAGGGCUUUCAGAACUGGACCUCAGCCACUGCCAGCUCACAGACCAGCAUGUGGAACUGUUGCUGCCACACCUACACAAACCCCGCAUCAUCGAUCUCAGCAACAAUCUGAUUACUGACACCUCAGCGAGGAGCCUCUACCACAUCGUCUCAAUAAACAGCCAUAUUCAGACUGUGUGUUUGUUCAACAACAGACUCACAGACUCGUCGCUCUUUCUCAAAGACCAGCGCUUCGAGAUCUGAUUUACACGAACAUUUAAUCAUUAAUAAAGUUAAACUUUUGUAGUGCACUCAGAAAGGACGGAGCUCACACCUUCCUGUAUAAUCAUAGGCUAAUCAUAGGCGUCUGUGGGCUCAGGUAUGUAGAGGAAGGUGGAUAGCCCUUUUCUGCUACAUCACCCAGGCUUUAUGGGUCUUAAUCUUCACCCCCCACGUCCGGUAGGUGUAAGAAUAAAAGAGUAGACUUACUGUAGCUUGUGGUGGAAACCUAAUUAAACCGAGAGGUGCAACGGUAAUAAGCUCGUCCUAACAUCUGAAGGUUGCUAGUUCGGUUCUCGGGUGAUGCUGUAGCCUCCCUCAGCUUGGGGCCUAGAGAAAGCUGUCUAGCUGUGUCCCCUUAGAGGGGAGGGUAGAAUAUCACUCUGUGCUCUCACAUCAAUUGUGGCUCUAGAGCCAUCACGGGUAUCUGUAAGCUCAUGCGAUAGGAGCGAAUAAUGCUGUCCUCCGAGUCUGAUCGGAGCGUUAGGGACCAGUUCGAAAAGAUCAAAAAUGCACCAUAGAAGUUUGAAAAGGCUACUACUAGUUACCAGAAGGAUUUCAUGUGAUGUUCUUUGGCCCGACCUGACUGGUAGUAGCCUUGAUGGGACUAGUCUGACUGUUGGGAAUUGGACACAUCUAAUUUAGGGAGCAAAGUGAGAAAAAAAAAACUAGUGUCGAUAGUUAGUGGAUAACGUCACACUGUUAAAUCAUUCCAGGACGUUAGUGCAUAAGGUCCUUUUAGGUAAAAUAGAUCGUAACGUGGAGUUAGUGUAUAACAUCACACCUUUAGGGAUUUAGUGCAGCUCAUUUAACACAAAAGGCUUAUUAAAACAAUUUAACAUUAGAUGCCACCUCAUCACAGAUGGUUGGAACUAGAUAGUGUCACUUGUAGCAGUCAACAUUUAAGGAUUUAAACAGGUCUGAUCUCCAUUAUCUAUAAGAAGCGUUCUGCAACAUGACAUUCAUUGUGUGUUAAUUGUUAAUCUACUAUUACUUGUGUGUUUGAUUCUUCGUAGGAUUUUCUACUGUCAAAGACUAAAAUCAUUUAUUGAGUUGUGUAAAUGUUUUGUUAUAAAUGUUUUUCCUUACCACUUUCGCUGUCGUCCUCGGCUUGCUCAUCAGGGACAAUCUUGUCAUUUUGAUUCAUGCACGUUCACAUUUCAUACAAACUUAAUAGUUCUUUUUAUUGUUUAAAGCUUCUUUCCAACAAUGUCAAUUGUUACAGUAAAUGCACUAUACAAAUAAAAUUAAAAAUAGAAUUAAAAA